AUGUCGACUAUAACAGCAAGACCAAAGCAUGUGCGACGCCUGUCGCUCUUCGGCUUAGGGGCUCCUCAAGCGCUCUCUCAGGGCGAACAGACGCCGCGUCCGAAUACGAGCACGGCUUCCAUCGUGUUCUCCCUAACUACCUCUACUACAGAGACAGAUGAAAAAGGCGCGCCUGGUAAGCUGCAGUCGGCCCCAGUCAGGCGAAAGCUGUCCAAGAAAAGGAAGCCUCCGCAAAAAGCACAAAGUCUUGCAGCACCCUCACCACAACCCACUACUGCCUAUUCGCUUUCCAACACCCAACUAUCAGAACUCAGCCAUGAAUCUGAUAUAUCAUUUGCUAACCAUCGCAAGCCAUCUCUCAGGAGAAAAACGUCCAUCAAUGUUCGGGCAGCACUUUCGUCUAUUUUUAUACCGAAGCCAUCGAGGAAGACAGUGGCUGGGAUCCUCGACGGCAUGGACAGCAUAUCGGGCGGGAAGGGAAACGAAAGGGGCAGGGGCUCUGAGAAGAAAAAAACAUCAACAUAUCGCUACGAGUCGCGUUCUCCGUCCCCUCCAUCUCCGGAAAUCCGACCUCCCUCUGGUCUUGGUCAGAUUGCAAGCUCAGUCGACUUGUCGACGUAUAUCCAGGACGAGUAUGAGGGGUCAGUUUUACUGUCUCGGUCCAGGACCGUUUCCAGAGCGCCUUCCAUAGCGCCUUCGAUAAACCUACCCGCCUCUCAAACGCCGCCUUCGGAGGAUACCACCGCAAACACCAGUCCGGUAGUCAAUCACACGAAGUCGCUAAAGUCGUCAGACAGCAGCAAUGAAUUCUCUUACCGGGCCUCGUUACACCCGCCUACUCCACCAUCACCGACGCUUAUUAAAGUCCUUAAUCUAACAACACCUUAUUGCUCGCUGGAUAGCUUAUCCUCGCUUGCAACCGCAAGCAAAGAGUUGACGCGCGAUGCUCAGAACGCCCUAUACGCGAACAUAGAUUCAGACGACGUAGGUGAUGACGAGAAACGCAGACGAAGGCUUUUGCAAACAAUAGCUAGCAAUGCCGAAGUCGGAAAUAUCGUUAAAUGUUUCCGCUGGGUCUGCUUACCCACUCCGCCUUCAUCCUCCUCGUCUUCCCUAAAGCGCAACAUUCCGAGACGUGUUCCGACAUUCUCACUAUCUACUUCAUCGGAAGAAUACAUUCUUCCACGUGUCCUAUCCGCUACGCCAAAUCUCGAGACGUUGACGCUGGUACAACCUCAUUCGAUUAUUUUACGCUGGUUUUUGCCUCUCAGUCCGUCUCCACCGCGGUCUCCCAACACUUCUCCCGUAUCCCCCUCAAUGCAGAUGCCUCCUCCAACACUUUCCUCGCUAAGAUCUCUCACACUUUCCGGGCGUACAACUCUUUCAACAACCUUCGGCUCCCUCUUAGUCCGCUUCCUCGAAUUACAUCCCGGUAUACGCGAGCUGAACCUCCCAGAUGUCUUCUGCUUACCUAACGUUCAUACACUAUCCCGUCGUGGUUCCGCUUCUUCCUCUUCCGCUUCUAGCCCUGUCAGCACUCCCGGCUUGGAUAGUAUCCCACCUGUUCCGCCAUUACCGCCAGUGUAUGCGUCUAUGAAAGAUAAAGAACCUCCCGCUCCUCCUAUGCUACCGAAUUUGACUCGUCUUGUGGCACCUUUGUCACUUGCGACACAGCUUAUCCCGGGUCGCCCGUUACGUGUCGUCGAUAUUGAGCUUACGACGAGUCUAUAUGAAGGUCUCCGACCAUCAGAGAUAGUACGAGCUCUUUCCGAAGCGAGAGACGUAGCGAAUCAAGCGGAAGGAACGGAUGCUAACAAAAAGAACUGGAGAGCAGCACGACAGGCUCGCCGCUUCGGUCCUACUACUACCGGCACUCCUCAAAAUUCCCCAUCGCAAGCUAAGUUCGAAAACGACAACCUAAAAUGCACAAGUUGGAAAGCAGCAAGGAUAGCACGUCGUGCAGGGACAAUGAACCAUAUGAAGCCAACACCGUCGUUGCGUGAACUCCGGUUACGAUGUACUGCGAAAGUGGAUGGACGGACGAUUGGGAAAGUGCUUAAUGCUUUGGGUGCGGAGUUGGGUUUGGUGUUGGAGACGCUUGCUAUUGGGUGGAGUGGAUCUGAGGCUGAACUUAACUCACAACUAACCUCCGUACUACCGCGCUACCACGUCCUACAGCGUCUCGACAUCUCCAAAACUUCAGUCGACGUCGAAGACGAAGAAGGUGCAGACGAGCAAGAUUCGGAAGCCGAUAUACAAGCUGGAAUCACUCGAGAACGGUAUUUAGUUGAACAGUGGUCGCGUUUAUGUCCACAGCUUUCGCACAUCGAGUUUACGUCUGGACGUAUUUGGAGGGCGAGCUAG